AUGUUAGUUUUAGCUUCCCAUCUUUUUAGUAUAUAAACUUAAGGAUUGAUAGAAAAAAUAUUGAAACCUAUGAAAAAAAAUAGAUCAUAACUUAAUAAGUUAAAUAACAAUAACUUAUAGCUACAUUUAAGUUUAUUGUUAAUGUAAAGAGAAAAAUCAUUCGAGCCAAUUCAAGAAUUAAUUGAUGAAUUGAUUGAUAAGAUUUGUGAGUAAGAAUUAAGAGAUGGGUUGGAAUCAAAUAAGUCUUUGCUAAAAAAUAUGAAUUAAUUACCUUUAGAAAAAUAAAUAGAGAUUUUAUAAUAAGAAGCCGCAAUAUUAUAAUGUAUAUAACAAUAGAUAGAUUGGCCUGAUCAAUUGGAAUAAGUAAUAAUGGAAUUAGAAGAUGAUUUAAUAAAUGUUUAAAACAAGAAUAUCAAAUAACUUAAUAAGUAUGUUAUUUAUUAAGUUUUAGUCUUGCAGGUCAUUUAGAAGAAAUCAAUAAAUAUUUAUUAUAUUAAUAUACUGUUAAACAAAUAGGUCAAUUUGCUUUAAGAAUUACAAGAAAUCGGGUUUAACAUCAAUAAAAUGAACUAGAGAAUCUAGAAAAAUUGAUAAUUCAUUAUUAAGAUUAUUAAGUAGCAGAGUCUAUGGGAAAGGCCAUAUAUAAUUAAGAAAGUAUAUAAUUUAAUAAUUUAUAUAGCUAAUUUAGUGACUGUUACUUUUGAUUCAUAUUUAAGCAGAACUCCUAUAGAUUUAAAACUAGAUUAAUUUCAAAAUUUAUAAAGACUUCGUGAUUUACAAUUGGAGUUAAGCGUUUAAUAAUAGGAAAUUUAAGAAGAAGCAUAAACUAUGGUUUUGAUUCAAACUGAAAUGUGUCAUAUAUGUAGAUAAAUGAUAGAAAUAACCAAUUUAUAAUAAUGUAAAUAUAAUCAUGUAAAUAUGAAUUUACAUUAAUACAAUGAUGAAAUACUGAUCUAAUAGAGAUAUACAAUUACCUAAAAAUAAAUGCAAUAAUUUUAUAUAGAUCUUUAUUCUGCUAAUUAUAUUAUAGAAAGUAAAUAACAAUAUUUAUAAUAAGAUAAUUAAAUCCAGUGCUAAAAAUAUUUCUGUUUUAAAUGCUUGAAGUAUGAAUUUGAAAAUUAUGAUCUUUCUGAACCCAAUUGGAUUUGUCCAUUAUGUAAAGUAUGUAAUUUAUUACUAUUCAAGGGAUUAUGUACAUGUAUUAGAUGUUAACGAACUGAUUCUAUUUAUAAAUUAAAGAGAACCUUUUUAGAGAUUGGAGGUAACUUAGAUAAUUUGUAUUAAUAAUCAAUUUUUGAGAUGUUAGUUGAAGGUAAAAGAAGGCUGAUUUAAAACAUUCCUUUAGAUUUCAUUAAUAUUUAGAAAUUGCAAUCAGAAAAUGAAGAAACCCUUACUCCAAAAGGUUUAUCUUAGAAUAAGAAUAGGAUCAAUAAAAAGAUUAAAAAAAAGAAAAGCAGUGAAACUACAAUUAUUGGAAAAACAUAAUCUAUAAUUAUGGAUACAUCUUCAUCAUCAAUUAAAAUCAAGAAAAUAAAAGAAUAUAAGCGACUUAUUCCUAAUCAAAGUACUAUUUUUGUAUAAUGA